GUAAACAUCGGCCGACUCCCAACCUGUAAAUCUUUGAUCUUGCGUAUUAGCAAUAUUAACAUGAAAUUAUUUCUGAAUACUAACUAGUAACUACUGACCCACGACUGUCUAGACACGUCUUGUACAUUGCCUAUAAACUAUUUAAAUCUAUUAUUGUUCUGUGAUUAUACUCUAAUUGUACUCGCACUAGUCAUUCCUUAGUAGUUAGUACUUGAUUAAAAACACAUCAGAAUAUCAAAAUCUGUCAUACUGUUGAAAUGUUGUAAAGGUAGCCUGUAACUUUCAAAAUAGUGAAAAGUAAAUUAAAUAUCGAUCACAUAGGAUGGCGUCUGUGUACAGUUCAGAAACAAUUGAUGAUGUCACAGAUAUCACUGAAAGUUUGAAACAGUUGUCUGUUGCCAGAGCCCAAAUUAAUUCAUUGAGAAAACAGAACGAGUCUUUAAAAAAACAGUUGAAAGAAAAAGAUUUGAUUGCUUCAAAUGGACCAAGCACAUCCAGCAGCUCUGAAAAAAUAGAACUAUCCAUUAUAGGAACAAUAAAAACAAAAUUUAAAGAACGUAGAUGUGUACCUCGGCAACCUGGUCUCUGCCCACUAGCCCAAGCUUGUCUGACAAUUUCCAACUCUAUAUUCACUAAUCCUAACCACGCUCUUGAAGGCCUCUCAGAUUUCUCUCAUAUGUGGAUUUUGUUUCAUUUUCAUAAAAAUGAAACCACUCAUGUUCAUGCUAAAGUAUCACCACCCAGAUUAAAUGGAUUGCGAACUGGUGUACUUGGCACUAGAUCUCCACACCGACCCUCACCAAUUGGUUUGUCUCUAGUGCAAAUUGAUAAAGUUGAAGGAAAUUCUGUGUAUUUUUCUGGUGUCGACAUGAUAGAUGGUACUCCAGUUCUCGAUAUCAAGCCAUACAUUCCACAUUAUGAUGCUCCAGCUACCCUCAGAUCUGACCAACAAGUUUCAUUAUUUGAUAAUGGUUCACAUCAAAUACUAUUAGAUCCAUUGACAUCUGACCGAGAAGCACCUGACGGAGAGGAAACUGAUGCAUAUGAUAUGCCUCUUUCCCCCCUACACACAAGAGUCAGAGUACCUCUGUGGAUUACUGAACCACUGAUGCAACAACUAACAGUGGAGUUCUCGUCAAGAGCAAGAGAAUUUUUAAACUCAUUGGAUACUAAUGAUAUUGAAGUAACUAUAGUAAGCAUAUUGAAAGAAGAUCCUCGGUCGGUUUAUGUCCGCGAACGUUAUAGUAAUCAGUUUUAUACAUUCUUAAUUGGAGGCUAUCAUGUGAGUUGUAAGUUUGAUGAUACUAAACACACAAUAAGUGUCUACAGAAUAUCAUACGUUGAUAGUAUGGAGAAUGUAGCUGAUCAAGAAGGAGCCCAAUGUUUGUCUAUAGGUUAAUUCAUGAAUAAUUAAUAUUAAUUUUAACUUUUAUAUUUUUUUUUACAAUUAUGUUCCUCUUUUACGUCUAUCCCUAAUUUGAAACAUUAUUAUACCAUUUGUAAAAUAGUUAUUGUGUGUGAUAGUGUGGUAUGAAAAUUGAUCUUAUUGUUUUUCAUACUAUACAAAUGAUUAACUAUAAACUUAAGUAGUUAGAUGAAAUCUUAUGACUGUUAUCAUUUUUAAUUUUAAUAUAUUAUAUUAUUAUGAUUGUUUUCUUUUCCUUUUUAAUUGAUUGUGAUUAAUAAUUAUUUAAUAAUAAUAGAGUAGUAAAUAGUAAUAAACUAAAUAUUAUAGUGUAGGUAUUGAUUUAAAAGAUAAAAUAUAUAAGUGUAUAAACGUGACAUUAUAUACUAGUGAUGAGAAUAUAAAUAAUUUUAGUGUAUUGCACUAUUACCUAUAUGCCUUAAUGGCCCGUAUUAUAAAAUAUGUAAAAUAUUAAAAUAGAAAUAUUUUACAUUCAUUAGUAUUUGGUAUUUAAUUAUCAUAAUUAAAUUAAAGUCAAAUUUUCUUAUUAAAAUAGUAUUUCUUACUUCGGUUCAAUAUUAUACUAGCUUUUCCAAGUUUUGUAUUUCUAAUUGUAAUUUUAUUUUAACCUUACAUGUCUUUUUAUAUUAUAUUUCUACAUUCAUAAUUAUAAUUCUUUAAAAAUAAAAAAAAUGUAUGUAUUAAAUGUUCAUUAUAACUCUAUUCAAGUUCUUACACAUAUUUGGCCAAAAACCAGUUUUUGUCCGACUCAGGUCAGGCAAUACCAAUUGCCCUCACAUAAUUAUUGGCCAUAUGCCUGUUGUGUUUAUUUAACUAUCACAAGUUGGCCACCGAGUAUGUUUCUUAACUUGAAUAAACGUAUAGUUAAUAUAAUAUGUUGAAUUAUAAUUUUCUUGUUUAAUUAAUUGUAACUAAGAUUAUACAAAAAACUAAAUUCUUCUCCCAAAAUACAAAUGUCCAUUGAUAAUAUUAAUAUACAACUUAGGUACCUAUUAAAUA